AAAUGAUGUUUCAUUCGCAACAUUAACAGCAUUACUUGAAUGCAUCGCGCACAAGCACGACGCUGUUGGCAUGCCCGAAAGAUGCACAACGUGCACGUAUCGCACACUAUCGAACGCAUGACAAUGUCGAGAGCGUGCGAGGUUCAUGCAGCUCAAAAGUCGCCUGCAAAAUCCCCACCGCCUGAAAAGCCUCCUUCUGUGGCAGCCGCAGGGGCAACCGCGUACCCUUCGCCGUGGUACUCCCCGUGGCCUCCGUCCGCCAACGCGGCGCCAAUCGCUACACCUCCGACCAUGCCAGCAGCAGCCCCGAUGGCCACACCAGCCGCAACGUCACCUCCGCUGUACCCCUGCUGCACGUAGACGGGUUGCCCAUAUGCAGGCUGGACGUACACAGGUUCUUUCUCGACAAGUUCAUCGGUAUGGCGACAGCAGCACCAAUAGAUGGCAAACACAAGCAGAAGGACGCCGACCGCAACGCCGACCCACACCCACGGGGAAAUAGAUUUCUUCACGAUGACUGCAGGGCUCGCAAUUGGUGCGGGGACAGAACUGCACUGGCAAACGUUUUGAGUGGCUGUUUGGGGGGCGCACUUGGCACUCGACGGACAGCAGCACGCCUGCGUGACACCAGAGCUCAAGAACUUGUAGCAGAAUUGACCAGGCGCGCCAUUGUAUGCGGCGGUGCACUGGGCAGGGGCGCCGUUAGCGUUGGCACACUGCUGGCAUGCGGUCGUCGGGUUCGGGAAGGGAAGAACUGGGUUCUGAGCGCAGGCGAACGAGAGCAGCGCCACAAGGACGAAGAGGACAAUGCGGCGGGACAUGCUUAGGACCAAGCAAUAUCCAAAAUGAUGCGCCAGUAGCGGCUGACGUGGCUGAUGGGUAGUCACACUCUCGUUCAGGUGUUGGCAACCUUUGC